AUGAUUGUCGUCAACACCCAUUCCCAAGACGCGUGCGACGUCAAGUCCCCGCCCGUCCCUGAAAAACAUCCACGGCCUGCUGAGGCCCCCUCUCCUCGGGUAGAGUCCGCGCUCCCUCCCCCUCCCCCAUAUUCUCCCCCUGCUGGUCCCAGUCGCGUCCCCGAACCGACCCCAGUGCGCUCGGAGCCGAUCUUCCAGCCUCACAACCCCCAGACCGUCAACCGUUUUGAGGUCUUCUCAAAGCAUGCCCCAGUCUCAGGCACCUACCUUAUCGACCCCGCCCUCCCCUCUCCCACCUCCGGCCUCUCUUGCCGCAUGUGCCGGGAGCAGGACCGCGCCUGGGGCGAGUCGCACCACAAGUCCGACGUCCACGCCUCCUUCACCACCCGGCACGGCGCCCUCACCCUCGACCUCGCCCUCGUCGCCCCGCCCUUCGCCUACGGCCGCGAGCCGACCCGCGUCGACGUCCACAGCCAGCACGGCCGUAUCCUCCUCGACGUGCACGACGCCGCCCCCUCCCGCGCGCUCGACCUCCUCGUCGAGACCGCGUACGGCAAGAUCACCGUAUACCUCCCGCCCACAUUCUCCGGCCCGCUCGUCAUCGGCACCCACCACGGGAACGCGAGCCUGCUCCCCAGUCUCGCCGCGCGCACGCGCACGCUGCGCGCGACGGACAGCGAGACGCUCUGUGUCGUUUCCGCGCCCGGGCAGCCCCCGAACGCGCUCGUGGACAUCAAGGCGACGGACCCGGGCCAGGACCGCGCGCUCGUCCGCUCGAAGCACGGCAAGAUCCUCAUCGGCAUCAGCGGGGUCGACCGCGAGCCUGAAGCGGCACGCGGCGGGGGGCUGUUCGAGACGCUGGGGCGGAUCCUCGAGAGUCAAGGCGCGGCGUUCGGGACGUAUGUCGCUGAGGGCAGGCGCGCAAGCUGGAGAGGAAGCUGA